GACAAACGUAUCAUGCGGGGCAGGGCUGGGGCCGAGAUGCCGGGUUGUAAACGAAACCAGUUUGCUAUCCGAUACGAUCGAGGCAACAGUAGGUCUGCUGUUUAGCUUCCUCGCGAGAUAGCGUACCCGCACGAACACGCUCUUGAUAAAAAUAUAAACAACGGGCCUGAUAAUUAUUACCAGUAACAGCCAACGUGUUCUGGAGGAAACGUCUUGACAGUUGCUCGGUACACAUUCGAUUUGUCUGCUUUGCCUGACGUUCAUUGUGAUCUAGGACCAAUUUUUGUUUUUGGUUACUGUCAUUAAACCAUUUAAACUUUUUAAUAUAUAUUGGAUUUUUACUUAUCACAGUUGGUUCAUAUUACGGUGGUGAAAUUGUAACGGAAUAAGAACCGAUUUAUGGUAAACCAAUAAGAUAAGUUUGCUUGUCUUUAUUAUUUUGGAUACGCAGUGAUGUUCUGACAGCUGAUUUAAGACACAGUGAUUUUUUUUUUUUUAGUAGGAGUAAUAAAGUGAUGUGGUUGUAGUAAAUACUAAAAAGUCACAAUGACUGAUGAAAAUGUGAAAAAAAAGUGGUUUUGAAUGUAUAAAGUUGGCUAUCAUCCGUAUUAUCGUAAGAUGUCAGCAGUAGCACCAGCUGGAGCUGCAUCAGCGGUGACGAACACAAAUGGGCCAAUAGUACCAGCUCCGGUAUUUGCAUUGCCCACGUUGUCAUUUACUGUCACCCAAGUGGCGACAGUUUGUGAAACCCUGGAAGAAAGUGGUGAUAUCGAGCGAUUAGCUAGAUUUCUAUGGAGCUUGCCGGUAGCUCACCCAAACAUCCAGGAGUUGAAUGAAAAUGAAGCAGUGCUAAGAGCACGUGCUAUUGUUGCCUACCAUUCUGGGCAUUAUCGAGAAUUGUACUCGAUUUUGGAGCGACAUAAAUUUACCAAAGAUUCCCAUGGAAAACUCCAGGCCAUGUGGCUGGAGGCCCACUACGCUGAGGCAGAAAAGUUGCGCGGAAGACCGCUGGGUCCAGUUGACAAGUACCGGGUGCGUAAAAAAUUUCCACUGCCAAGGACCAUUUGGGACGGGGAGCAAAAGACUCACUGUUUUAAAGAGCGUACUCGUUCUUUGUUAAGAGAGUGGUAUCUACAGGAUCCAUAUCCUAAUCCUGGUAAAAAACGAGAACUAGCCGCUGCGACGGGACUUACGCCAACACAAGUUGGCAAUUGGUUCAAAAAUCGACGGCAAAGAGACCGCGCUGCUGCUGCUAAAAAUAGAUUGCAGCAACAAUCAGGUCCAGGAGGCGCAGGAUCAAGAAGACCUCUGAGCCCAGCGGGGGGAAGUGACUCCGAAGAUUCGGACAUUUCUCUCGGGGGAACUUCGCCACCCUCGCCCUCAUCGACUCCGCCAUCGCAGUCCCAUCACCAGCCCUCGCCUGUAUCGCUGGGGCCAGUGGCGCCCCUACCACCACCAGGCCUCGGUUUCCGUUACGAUCCAACGCAGACCCAACUUCGUUUUAAUCACAUGACCGCCUUCAAAUUUCCACCUACGGGGUUCCGUUUUGAGCCGCACAGUCCGCAGCACAACCAUCCGACGAUCCCAAACACCGGUGGUAUUUUUCGGCUCACCGAGACGAGUCCAUUUCAAGCCGUCGGGCCCAGGGGAGAUCUUGGGUCGAGAUUACCAGACCCACUGGGUUUAGCACCGCCUCGACUGCACCCGCACGAGGGUCUCCUUCACCAUCCUCACCACCCGCAGCACCAACUACCAGAAGGCAUAUCGAGAUUGUCGUCCGAGGGGUCUAGAUUAUCUGACAGUCUGAGUGAGGCACACAGUCCUCCUCUAGUUGCGACGAACCUCUCAGUAACAGGACCUCUACGUGUUGCCGUACCGAGUCCACAUACGCCCUCAUCACGCGGCAGUCCGCCCUCGUCUAACCACCAAACACCUUCGUCUCAACAAAAUCAACCGUCGUCUGUUCAAGUACCAACUCAAGGUUUAAUUCGUGUCGUUACACCUCCAACGCAAAGUACUCCCCCGAAACCUCCGCAAAUUCACAGGCCAUUCUCACCCGCGUGAUACCUCACUGAGUUAACGCCGCUGAGUUGUCAAUAAUUUAUUUAAAAAAAAAAAAAGAAAUGAAAAAAAAAAAUUUUUCAGAUCUUUAAUAUAAUAAAUAAAUAAUCUGUAAAUAAACAAUUAAAAUAAUUACAUAUAAGCUUUUAGCCAGAGCUUUUUGUUGUAAAUAAUUAAUUAUACUGGAGUAAUAAAUUUUAAAGUAUAAUUUAAAGAGGAAAUAAGGAUGUAAAGACGCUGGAAGUCUUUGAACAAAAACACUUGGUCGCUUGAAGCAAUCAGUGUUUUUCCUUAUUUCUUAUUAUUAUUAUUAUUAUUAUUAUUAUUAUUAUUAUAUUAUUAUUAUUAUUAUUAUUAUAUUAUUAUUAUAUUAUUAUAAAUAUCAUUAAAUUUAAUUUAAAAAUUGUUUCUCAAAGAAACAACGAGUGCUCGUAACGCGCAAUUAUGUAGAAUAUUUUAUUGAUUAUUGUAAAUAUUAUUAUUAUAAUUAUUAUUAUUAUAAAAAAAAACUAUUAAUUGAUUACCAGUGAUCACCGCGAGUGAACUAGUAAAAUACUUUCGAGAAUAUUUAAUAAAUGAUAAAUAAUAAUAAUUAAAGAAUAAAUGGUGGAUUUUUAUUUGUUAAGAUAAAUAUUAAUAUAAAGUAGGCGGGGCAAAAUGAGAUACCAGUUUGAAAAGAAAAAACGUUUUUUUACUGUUUUAAAACACCGUGGGGUUGAUUAUGAACAAUUGUCAAAUUUUGAGAAUUUUUUUUUUUUAUUUAAUAAAAUUUGUAUGGCAGAGGGUGAAAAAGUGGGGGAUAAAAUUCCAGUUUUAAAAAUGGAUGUCACAUUUUGCCUCAAAUUGGUUUAAUGUUUAACAUAUAUUUUUUGAUUAUCCGCAAGAGAUAAGACUGAUUCGCGGUGAUAAGUGAUUAAUAUUUUAAUUAUUAAAAAAAUAAUUAAUUAUUAUUAUUUUUUUUUUUUUUUGGUAAUUGGGAUGACAACGAAAAUUCGUUGCGGAUUUUGUGCAAAAGUAAAUUUAUAAAAAAAUUAUUUCGUAAAAAAAUAUAUAUAUAUAUUUUUUUCCAUUUCUUCAGGUUCGUAAUUUUGUCAAAAAUUAAAAACAGAAAAGUUUAAAUUUUUUUGAAUUUAUUUGCCAACCGAAAAAAAUGUAAAUGUCAAAAAAAAAAGGUCGAAUCUACCGUAGAAUUUACGUUCAAUAAAUUACUGGACUAAAGUUACAUAAAUUCGAUUGUAAAAAAACCGAAGAAACGGAAAAAAUAAAUAAUAAAAAUAUGAAAACUAAAAAAAACGUACUAGUAAAAAUAAUUGUAUAGGUAAUUCUUUAUAAAUAUUGAACAUACGUCUAGAAUAUGCAUUAGGUUCGUAAAUAUAAAAAUUAUACAUAUUAUAUAUAUGUAUAUAUAUGAAAAAAAAAAUUGAACAGAAAUGAUCAUGAACUAUUAUUAUCAAUAAUAAUUAUUAUUACUAUUAUUAUUUGCGCCUGUAA